CAUGCUUCGAUCUUGUCGGAAGCUAGACGUGUUGUCUUCAUGACUGUGAUCGGAUUUGACAUUAUUGCAUAGUGUUUUUAUAAAUGGAUAUUCCAAGCUGACUCAGUGCCUUGAAUUUUCCUUAUCACCUUGGUUUCAUGUAAGCUCUAAAUUGGCAAGGAUAAUGUUUUGAUGGCGUGACUGUCGUUGCAAUUUUAUUUAAAGGAUGACUUCCAAAACAACAAACUUUUUGGCAUUGGUUGCCACUUGGUGUCUCCUUGCCCAGAUGGUCAAUUGUCAAGGCUACCGUCCAAGCGUCAAAAGGGGACCAACGGAUUCACAAUACCGUCGUGGAACGGCAGCCAAGUUGCCUUGCGAUGUCAUUGGUGAACCAACACCUGCCGUGACUUGGUACAAGGAUAAUGUACCAGUUGCACUGGUGAACAGAGUCUCCAAGCAAAGCGACAACAGCCUUUUAUUUAAAAGAAUUCGUAAACGAACUGACGAGGGUUUUUACUACUGCGUUGCAAAGAAUGUUUAUGGUGAAGACAAAAGUGUCAAAGCCCAUAUCACUGUUAUGUAUAUGAGUCGAAGAUUCAAAGUGACACCACAAAGCAAAAACGUAAGCUUGCUCAGUGAAAUAAGCCUGACAUGUGACCCACCGGGCGGAAGCCCUACUCCGACUGUAUCCUGGAGAAAAGAUUCAACUAAUCUUCAAAGUAACAGUCGAAUUCGGACUGAAGACCGGUUCGGACAAGUAUACUUUCUGCGAAUCAGCAAGGCGUUGCAAGAGGAUACAGGAAACUAUACAUGUGUUGCGAAAAACGAAGCCGGUGAACGUGUUAGCGAACCGGCUUUUCUACGUGUUCUAGUUCCCCCUGCAGUUAGAGUUAAUCAAAAAUUAGUGACUGUUAAUGAGCUGGAGACUGCAGAGUUGUCCUGUGAAGUCAGUGGUGUACCCUCUCCUGCCGUUAGUUGGUACAAGGGUAGUGAGGGGCUUCCAUUCUCAAAAAGAUUACUGUUCAAAACGCCGGGCAAAAUUCAAAUACUCAGUGCUCAGAAAUCUGAUGCCGGUGUUUAUACCUGUAGAGCGUCCAAUACCGAAGGUUUUGCGGAGGAAAAUAUCAGUCUCAGAGUUAAAAUGUUGCCAAAGUUUUUAACCAGGCCUGGAAACUUAAAGGUUGGUGUUGGUCAAAAUGCGCGAUUUGACUGCAAAGUUGAAGCAGAGCCAGGUUUUAAGAUAAUCUGGCAGAAAACGGUUGGUGCACACAGCGUGUUGUUAAUUCGAGAUCAGCUACCUAGUAGAAGAAUCACUGUGGGUUAUGACGAUUCAUUGUCCAUCAAGAAUGUUCAGAAAAAGGACGAAGCUUCCUAUGUCUGCACUGUAAUCAGCGAGUUGAAAACUGCGUCGGCCACUGCACGGCUCACUGUAGUUGAUAGUAUCAGACCACUUCCCGAAGUCUCCAUAUUCCCAACGAAUCAAACCGUUUUGGAAGGAAGAGAUGUCAAUGUCACCUGCACUGCUAAAGGAAGCCCAAAACCAACUGUUAAUUGGAAGUCAGCCUCGAGCAACGCCAGGAUCACCGAAGAUACUGAGGGAGUCGUGCUUUUGACAAACGGUUCUAAGCACACUCUGAUUUUAAAGGGCGUCAGAGCAUCCGAUGCAGGGUCAUACAGAUGUAUUGCCACAAAUGCUGACAGAACAGUGUCAAAAGUUGCCUAUUUAAAUGUUGUUCCUGUUCCUAGACUACCGGAACCCCCCGAUUACGUCGACUUUCUCAAUGUUACUAGCACGUCACUUGUGUUGAGAUGGAAGGCAUCCCGUAACCCCCCUGGUGCUCCUGUCACCUCUUACGUCGUAUCAAUUUAUGAUAUGGAAGGGCACGUUUGGAAAGCCCUUGCCUCGAAGAUUCAGCAGUUGGAAUAUACUGUUAAGAAAUUACAACCGGGUACACGUUAUGAAUUUCGGAUCACCGCUGUGAACAGCAUUGGCAGGGGGAAACCAAGUAAAUCGACCGGUGUCAUACAGACGAAACUUGCCGUCAUGCCGUCGUUAAAACCAGCUAUGACAAUAACAUCGAAACCAGUCGACAAGCUGUUGGAUAUAAAUCUUUAUGUUGAAGUAACUCGAGGCAAUAAAGCCGGUGAAUUCAAUAUUUCGUGGAAGUCUGUUAAGCCGCCAUCUCGUGUAAAUGGAUACGAGGUGCACUGGAAAAAGGCUUCUGAAGACGAAUUUAACCACGAGGUUAUUCCUGACGGCAAAAGCAAUUCGUAUACUUUGAAGGACCUCGACUUAGGUACUUCGUAUCAAGUCAAAAUUCGCGCCUUCAACAAACGAUAUGGAAGUACUUUCAGCGACUUGAAAUCAUUUCCUACCAUGAUAGAGCAGAAAGUGUCUAUCCCACCCCCGGACAACGUUAAAGUAAAGGUGCACGGCUCUGGUAAGGUGCUUGUAACUUGGCAACAGAGCAGCGUGAGGAAACUUACUGGCUACGAGAUUGUGUGGAUUCCACUAGAUGGAACUUCCGUUGAAACGAAAACGGUUCCAAAGAACACGACAUUCUAUCUGAUUAGGGGUUUAGAUCCAGAGAAAGCUUACUACGUCACCUUGGCAUUAGUUGUAAACAAUCAACCUGGUCUAAAAAGUCAAAAACUCCAAAUCACACCCAAAGAAGUAGAAUCAAAGAGUGACACAGGUGGAGAAAAGAGUAAAAUGAAUGGAAAAAGUGGAGGCGGUUUGGAACCUGCGGAAGGGGGCAGUGGCUCCAGAAAAGCUAACAAAAAGACCUCUGGAAUAGUAUCGGUUUUGCAAGAGCCAUGGUUUAUUUGUGCUGCUGGAGGUUUCGUUUUCCUGAUUUUGUGUGUCAUCCUUAUAGUGAUUGUUUGUCGAAGAAAGCGUAGAAAACACGAGUCUCCUGUUUUUCUGCCUGUGGAAACAAAUGGUCUGUUACAAUCGAAUAGAACCCCAGUAAACAGUAUCAGCCGCACGAGAGCCAGCUAUCGCGAUUCAGCCUUUCUCUGGGGUGAGCACGAGCCCGUUCAUGUCCCAGGAUUCAGUGUACAAUCGAAUAAGCCCGGCUUCAAAUCAAUUAAUGGAACAGUGGAGGUCGAAUCAGCCAAUAAAUCCGAAUUUAAGCCGCUCUUAGGGGGCAGGAGCAUCGAUUCUGGUGAAAUGAAACGUAAUGCGGGCGGCAUAGAGGCUCAGAGGCCGCUGAAAGAAGCAAACAAUUUAAGGAAGCCCGGUGAAACUGGCUCGGUGUCUAGUGCAAACAGAGAGAUAUUUUUAAACAAUCUGAAAAGUGAUAAAUUAAUGGAGCGUUACGCGUCAAGUCCAAAGACAAGUUUAAAGCGAAAUAUCGAUGUGUCACAAGACAAGCCAAGACUAAAGAUUCAAGCUGCCUUUGAUUCUCCGCAAACCUUCAACGAUAUGGAAAUGGAUGACCUCAGUGCAAGCAAAAAGAGUAUGCUAGAGAGACAUGCAGAAAUUGUAAGGACAUCCAGCAAAAAAUUUGAAUCUGAUCUUGUUAACUGUAUGGAGAAUAACACGCAAGCUACAUGGAAACGAGAGAAAAUGAAAGAGGCACCGGAGGUUUUAGUUUCUGGUGAAGACACUUUGAAGAGGAAGGCCAAAAACUCUUUAAAGCCUUUUCCAAAAUUGGAAGUGUUGAACUGGGCAGAUUACCCGGCAACUGCAUCAAAGCCAGGUUCAAGUGCUGGAAGUCCCCCCUCCUCUCCAAAGACGUCAGCCUCAGCUCUAAGCGAUAAUAAUGGAAGCAGAGCCACAUCACGUGCUUCACAAGGAUCAAUGACGUCAUUAAAUAAGUAUCCUUAUACUGGCAGAUCAGGACAUGCUCCUUCAGUGUCAUCUCGUCGGAUGUCUCAGUCAUCAUCGAUGAUGUCAUCUGAGCUUUAUCAAUCGGAGAUGGAGCCAUCUGUGUACAGCGAUGCUGCUUCAGAGAAGAAAAAACCAAAGAGCAAAGCACUUCCUCCUCCAAUUGAUUUGGAUGGAUUAACAAGUGACAUCCUGUUGCAAUGGGCAGAGUCCGUUACUAAUUCGUCACCCAGUUCUAGUGGAUCGUCAUCGCCUAGCAGAAUGAGUGCUGUAAGCAGUGAUGGCUCGUUUUUAACCGAUGAGGAUUUCGCACAAGCUGUUGCUGCUGUUGUUGAGUGUGGUGGAUUCAUGGACUUCGAUUACUCCCUCUCGAACAUGCCAGGUUUGCAAGCUCCUCCCAGUCGUCCGACACCAACAGAUCGGCAGCACAAACUGAAGAUGGAAAAAAUAGACGCAAUGAUAGCAUCCAAAGGUAAAUCUAGCCGAUCUAAUGCUGCAAACCAGCGAAUGAGGCAGGAAACUUGUUCACCGCCAUCUGUAACACCGAUUUCUUUCAGUAGCUACUUAUCAAAUAACCCUAAGCGGACUGGAGCCAGCAGUCUGUCAAAUGCUCCUUCCUCAAGUAACAAACAUCGCCAGCGGUCGUCCAACCAGGCUGCACCUAGUGACGCUUCAGGACUCAGAUUUGGCGGUAACGAAGGUGAAGUUCCAGCAUCAUUUGGGACUCCACUGACAAUGUCAAAUUUGCGACAACAUGAUUCCAGUCUAGGACGGGAAAAGAAGUUAACAAAGCCAUUAACUAUAUCUAACCUUAAGCAGCACGAUUCUAGUCUCGAACGAACUAAAAAACCCACUGAAAAAGAGGAGAUUGAUCCAGGAGAUGAAGUUUUUGAUGACAGUGUCAAAACUGGCCUAUCAAAUGGCAAUGUCGCACAGCCAUUGUCAGUUAUAUCUGCCUUAGAGCGGAACGAAUCCUUGGGCUCGACAAAGGAUUCUAAAUCAAGCAUAAACAGUGAGAUUGAAGGGAGGGGAACAAGCGAAAGAAGAAAGGAAAAAAGAUACGUCGUGAAUUUGAAUGACCCUACGUCCAGCACAGGGACAAGUACUGCAAGCACCGUAAGAACGUCGCAGGAUCAAACAGAGUGUUAGUAACUCACCUUCUCUGGUUGCGCUGUUCUUUUCGUCACAAAAGCCCUUCAAUUCAAACCGCAUUUUUCUCACAGAGAAAAGGGCUUCUUUAUGUAGUUUUUCUUUUCUAUUUGAAACGCAAUAGACAUAACAAUUUAUAGCAAAAUGAAUCGUCAUUAUAAUAAUAUUAUCGGCAUGUCCAAUUUAUACGAAAAUAUAUAUUUAUUAGCGUUAAUGGUGGUAAUGAGAAAUGCACGUGUUUAACAAACAUUCGAAGCUCGAGGUAACUGCCCUUUUGAUUUCGGUAGUUUUUGCAAAAGCAUUGACUCACCUUAGGAAGAAGCAAUGAUGGGCCAGGGUUAGACCUCAAUUCACUUGAUUGCAGAUGUAAGUUUCAGCACUUGUCUUUGAUGCGAGUGGUUCGACAUGUUGCUAGUCUAGCUUAAGUGUUUCUUUUACUGCGGCGUUAUGCAUCCAGCUAUCUUAUAUAGAGUAUUUCCAUAUAGCGUAUGAAUUGACUUCAAAGAUUAUAUUUCUUUCAUUACAAAGAAAUCACCCCUCAAUGCCCGAGUUACUAGAACGGAUUUGUGUUUAGAAGCAGGACUGAGGCUCUUGUAUAGGUUAAUAUUUAUUUUAAUAAAAUUUUUGCUUAGUGUUAAUAUAUUUUAUUCUGUAUGGUCCUGUUACUGUUAAACAGAAUUUUAACUAGUUAGAUUAACUACUUCUCAAUUAUGUUCUUACUUUUUAUGGUCUUCGUUUGACGGCUAGUAAGCGCUAUUGUUAUUGUGCAGAAUUUUAAACGUCUUUUCACAAAGCUUAUAGUUUGAGAUA